ACUACGCAAAUUUCGAAAUCAUAAACGCGCGUUAUAAAUAUUUCUAGUACCGUUACAUCACAAGCAUUAAAUACAACAAUAAUUACACAAAUAACACUCAAGGAUUAACUUGAAAGUUAAACACGCCUAGUAUUUAAAAGUCAACAAGGGAUACAACAAACACGAUGAUCAGAGGUUCGACAUCUAAUUUUAGUUUCUGUUUUGCCUCGACAACGAGUAGAUGUGCGUGCCAACGAAUCCAUCGUAAACCACCUUGAUGAUAGACUCCAGCUUUCCAGUGAUACACUAUUCUAGGAUGACAAUCGGAAAGUUUUUCAACGAUCUCUAUAAAGUAAAAGACGAUGAGACUUUUAUCAAGCAGUUCAAUGAUUAUUCUAAAUCCGGUAACAGACACAAGAUGAUCGAAAUGAUUAUGCAAUUACAACAGGUGUGUGGUUUAAAAGUUACUCCAAUGUUUACCGGGAAAAAUAACGAAAAAGCUCGACAAUUAUUCGGCGAUAUAAAUUUUUUAGAAAAAGAAACAGCCAAGGAAACAGUUGCUUGUAAAAUAAAUCAACUGACUCAGGCACUCUUUGCCGUUGAAAGUAACAAUUUAUUGCCCAUGGGCAUUGAAAUUGUUUUGUCUCGAGCUCGACACGCAUUUAGUGUUGGAUUGUACCAAAAGUGUUGUGAAGACUGUGAUUAUGCGAUCCAAUUACUUGAUAAUAUAAAAAUAUCUUGUGAAAAUGAGAUCGAUAAUUAUAAAAAAAUGUCUUGUGUACUUAAGAGUCAGGCUACAAAAUUAAUUUAUAAAAAUAGUAAUGAAUUUAAUAACAAUAAUAAUAAUAAUAAUAAUAAUAACUUAUUAGUGAAUAUUGAAAUUGACGGAAAGCGGAAUAAAAAAUUGUUAAGCUGCAGCGAUGCUGUGACUUUUUCUCAUAAUUCUGUUCGCGGGAGACAUUUAGUUGCUACAAGAAAUAUAAAAGCGGGAAGUGUCGUCAUCAUUGACAAACCUUUUGCAUUUAGUACUGACAAACAAGCCCUCGGUACCAAUUGUCUUCAUUGCCAUGUGUCUUUUUCAUUAGAAGACAAGAUAAAAAUACCCUGUACCAAUUGCCAGACAGUUUCUUUUUGCAGCGAAAAAUGCCGACGAGAAGCGUGGGAUGGUUAUCACAAAUAUGAAUGCAUGAUAUUCGAUAUUUUUAUUGAAAACUUCAAUUCAAACAGACAGCGUUCGCACCUUUUAUUAGCGUACCGCGCUACUGUUAUCAAGGCAAUAAACAAGGACUUGAAUACUUUGGAUAAAGAAUUUAUGGAUUUCCACAAAGAAAAAAAUGAAGAUGAUAGAAGUGAGUUUAUUAAAAGCGACACAAAUGUAUACGACCCGUUGGAUUACAAGACAGUUUAUUUACUGGAGACUCAUUGCAAAAAAUCUGAUUGUCAGCUUAAUUUAGCUCGCGGUAUAAAAGCUGUUUAUUUGGCUAAAUGUCUUGAGUUUGUUCUUGAAGAAUUUAAAAUUAAUGAAAGUCUUGGAGUUGAGGAAAUAAAAACACUGGCAGUGGGAAUUAUGCGACAUAUGCAAGCAAUCGAUUGUAAUGCCUAUGAAAUUGUUGAAAAUAUUCGGGAUGAAAAAACGAAGACAUGGGAGCCAAUAAAUAUUGGGGGUGCUAUUUAUACGACUGUUAGUCUUGUUAAUCACAGUUGCUACCCAAAUGUAGUCCGACACUCUUAUCCUGGCGGUAAAGUUGUAGUACGUGCGCUGAGAUUUAUAGAAAAAGGAUCUGAAAUUCUUGACUGCUAUGGGCCACAUUUUAUAAGCGAUAAAUUAUUGUCGCGUCAGAAAUAUUUGUCUGAUAAAUAUUAUUUUAUUUGUACAUGUGAUGCGUGCAAGAAUGAUUGGAAAUUACCUACGGGUGAAACAAUAUUCCGAUGCUUGUGUGGAUCUAAAAUAGAUCAUAAGCAAUCACGCUGCACACACGUGUCCUGUUCACGUAAAGCUGACAUUAAAAAAUCAAAUGAUCAGUUGAUUAAAUCAACUAAAAAGCGUGUCAGCGCGAUUACUAAAAUGUACGACGGAAAUUACGUCCAAGCAUUACCCUUAUUAUUAGAACACUCUGGGUUUGUUGAUAAGAACUUAAUGCCGCCCAACAUUGAAGCCGUUAAAACACAGCAAUCGAUAAUACAAUGUUUCAAUAGCAUGGCUAACGUGAGUAAAAAUUAUUCGAGUUUUCUUUACUAAUUAAACUUUAAAAAUUUUUUAAAUAAAUUUAUUAUUGUGACAAAAAUAAAGUAAUUAAUUCAUUCACUGAAACAUCACCUGAUUUUUUUA